AUGGCUCGAACGAAGAUUAAUGCUUUGGGUGGCACUGAGAACCAGGUAAAGACAGGAGAAAAGAGACCAUUUGAUUCUUCAACAACUAUACAGUCCACGAAACGGCCAAAGCUACAAGAACGUACCGAUUAUUCUCGAUGGCGUUUACUCGACGAAAAAGGUAGACAGACAUGGCAUUAUCUUGAAAAUGAUGAAGAUACUGUAGAAUGGCCUCAAACAACUGCAGACAAGUAUUUUUUGGGACUGCCAACUAACCUGCCUGAUCUUCCAAAGGCACAAAGUCCUCUUGAUUCCGUCAACAAUUCUCUCGAAUUCUUCCAGCACCUUCAGCUUCCUCCUGGGAAUUGGGCAUGUGAAUAUGGUGGUCCAAUGUUUUUACUUCCUGGCCUGGUCAUCACUUGGACUGUCACCGAAACUACAAUCCCAGAUCAUAUUGCAACCGAAAUCAAGAACUACGUCUUUGCACGAGCACACCCAGAUGAUGGAGGGUGGGGAUUACAUAUUGAGGGUGAAAGCACUGUUUUUGGUACUGCUAUGAAUUAUACCACGCUCCGAUUAGUUGGAGUUAGUGAAGAGGACGAACGGAUGAUCAAGGCUAGAGGAACAUUACACAAGCUCGGUGGUGCCAAGAAUGGACCGCAUUGGGCAAAGUUCUGGCUGAGUGUACUUGGUGUAUGUCAAUGGGAUAUUGUCAACCCUGUGCCACCAGAGUUCUGGCUGUUGCCUGACUGGCUACCUUUUCAUCCUUGGAGAUGGUGGAUUCACAUGCGCUCAGUUUAUGCGCCGAUGUCAUUCAUUUGGUCUAAGAAGUUCACAUAUAAAACAACUCCCCUUAUCGAGCAGUUACGACAAGAGCUAUUCGUCGAACCAUAUACGGCUAUAAACUGGUCUGGAAAUCGAAACAGUAUUCAUCCGAAAGACAACUAUCACCCAAAAUCAUGGCUUUUAAAUACAGCAAACUGGUUUAUUGUUAAUAUCUACGCUCCUUAUCUCCGAAGUGACGCAUUGGCCAAGCAAGCCGAAGAUUGGGUGUUUAGAUUGAUUCAAAUGGAAGAUAAAAAUACUGAUUUUUCCAACCUCGGGCCAGUGAAUGGAGUGAUGAACUUUCUUGCGUGCUAUAUUCGAGAGGGACCUAAUGCCUACUCUGUACAGAGACAUCGAGAACGAAUGGCUGACUUUAUGUGGGUUAAGGAUGAGGGUAUGUUAAUGAAUGGCACGAACGGGGUACAAUGCUGGGAUACUGCAUUCUUGAUUCAAGCCGUAAUGGACGCCGGUUUGGCAGAAGAUCCAAGAUGGAGACCAAUGUUAACAAAAGCCCUCGAAUUUCUCGACGAUCAGCAAAUCCGAGAGAAUGUUGACGAUCAAGAUAUUUGCUACCGCCAGCAACGAAAAGGAGCCUGGUCUUUCAGCAAUAAGGAUCAAGGAUAUGCUGUUAGUGAUUGUAUAUCCGAAGCAUUGAAAUCUAUUAUACUUCUACAACGAACUCCAGGCUAUCCAACUUUACUUGAAGAUCAGCGAGUUUACGAUGCCAUUGACACCAUUCUCACGUACCAAAAUAAAUCUGGUGGAUGUGCAUCAUAUGAGCCAACUCGAGGCUCAGAGAGGUUGGAGAUUUUAAAUGCAGCAGAAGUGUUUGGCAGAAUCAUGAUAGAGUAUGAUUACCCUGAAUGCACAACUGCCGUGGUUACUGCACUAUCGUUAUUCACAAAAUACUACCCGGAUUAUCGUACCUCGGAGAUUGAAGCUUUCAAGAGUAGGGCUAUCCAGUAUAUUCGAAGGGCCCAAUAUGCCAAUGGUAGCUGGUAUGGUAGCUGGGGUAUUUGUUUUACAUACGCCGGAAUGUUUGCUCUUGAGAGUCUUGCAAGUAUCGGGGAAACCUAUGAGAACAGUGAGCAUUCUUGUGAGCAAGCAGAAUAUAUCGAACACCCGUCCGGUUCUCAAGUUGUACAGACAGCUUGGGCAUGUAUUGCUUUACUCGAGGCGAACUAUCCAGAUCGUGCACCAAUCGAGAAAGGGCUGAAACUUAUCAUGAGCAGACAACAAGCAAACGGAGAGUGGCUACAAGAGGCCAUCGAGGGGGUAUUCAAUAAGAGUUGCAUGAUCUCGUACCCUAACUAUAAGUUCAUCUUCCCGAUGAAAGCUUUGGGAAUGUUUGCCAAGCGAUAUGGUGAUGUAAAGCUUCUCUAG